AACUGGAAACGUGCAACAUAUUAUUGUAUUUAUUGCCCAAUCCCGAUAAGACUGACGUGAAAAUGGCUUUGGUUUUGAAUAAAUUUAAAUAUGUAGAUGAAAAGUCGUAUAGUAAUAUGUUGCGCCUGUACCUAUUAGUAUUAACCUUGCCUUGGACACAACAACAUUUGUUAAGCCCAGACGACUACUGUGCGUUGUCCACGACGUGUGUGCACGACGGGGUAAAGAUCUGCGCACGCUCACCGGAGUGUGGCACCCGCCGCGCUUUUCUCGACCUGUGUGACAUGUAUGAAUACAACUGCGACUACAAAACGCGCUAUAACCAAGACAAUAAUAUUAACUGUAAGCAAUCGACGCUACCGUCAACAACUAAAUUCAAUUUUGAACAGACGAAACCAUGUUGUGAUAUGCCUUUUGACUGGAAAGCCUUGAAUAUUCCGGCUGAUGCAGAAUGACUACUGCGCUUUCUAUCUUCUGAGCCCACUACGACUAAAGCAUAAACUGCGACUGCAACUUCCCCUACUUAUAUACUAAGACUUCAAGACAUCACACUAUAAGUUUUCCUAAUUGCGAUACUGCUGGUACCUAGAAUAGUAAUUCAGAAAUCCCAAGCAUCAAUCUAAUAUCCACUCAAUGAGGAUGGAACAUUAUGGUUAACAAAACAUCUAGAAAAGCUGAAGAACCAACUGCCUCUACAGAAACCAACAUACCACUGACAGUGAUAGUGUGAUAAUUAUGGUGGUAACCCCGAGACUGGAGAUAUUGUAGAUGUGACUAUCCUAUACAGUAAUAAUUAUAAUACCUACCUAGUACUACCAAGAAUAUAAAAUUACUUGUACUUGUAUCUAUUUCAACGUGCAUCCAAAAAAAUAUUUCUUAAUUUUCGAAACUAUAUCGUAGCAACAUAUUUACUUAAGUAAGAUUGAAUUAGUUUCUCGCAAGUCAUUCGAAACAGCUAGCGAAUAAAAUUAUUGCUAUGUUAAAAAGUAAAGUAAGGCCGUAAACUUAUAAAAAAACAUAAAAAAAUACAAUUAUUGACAACCAAUCGUCGAAUAUUCGACAUACAAUGAACCUAUGCACCCACACUACGAACAAACAUUUGUAAUAUAAACAAAAUAAAAGUACUUAUGUCAUUAAAUCGACAGGGAAAAGUUAUUAAGUAUAUAAUGUUAAUGACAUUAAUUCUAUAAAGAACUUAAUUCUUAUAUUAAUAAUGAUAGUUUACUCUAAGCAUUUGUGUUCAGUCAUCAUGCUUCAGGGAACAGCUAAUACCAAUUUCAUUUUGUUACAGAAUAUGACCAAGUCAAUAUUAUUUACUGCCUCAAUUCGAUAGCGUCAACAAUUUUCCAAUUUGCACAAACUUCAUUUAAAAAAUCAACGAUUACACCAUGUUGCGAUAUGCCUUUUGACUGGAAAACCUUAGACAUUCCUGAUACUCAUACAGCAUGUGAAUAUUGUGAAACUACUGAAAAAGCAACAGAAUUUCUUAUAUCUGAUACUCCGACAUUCUACACUAUUUCCACUAAAUCCUCGCAGAUUGACAUUCCUACUCCUGGAAAACUUGUUAACUAUCCGGUAUUUACUAAGACCACAGAAUCUUUGACUAGUAAAAGUGAAUUUACUACUCCAAAAGAAAAAGAAUCUACUAUAAAAGACCAAUGGUAUCCAUUAUUAUGCAAAAGCGACAAUUGUCAGAGACCCGAAACGUGGGCAACAACAAUAAAAACAAAAACAACUGUGAAAUUGAAAGACUUCAAAGAAAUUUUAUUAGACAUUUGGAAGGAGUAAAUCUUCAUACAAUGAAACGUGUUUCAUUUAAUGUAAAACUUCUUGCAUUUGAACACGAUAGUUGUCCCUAUGGACAUACCUAUUUAUUGAAGAAACAAUGUUUUU